CAGAAAGCGUGAUUGCAAGGCCAUUAUAGAUAUUAUAGAUAAAAGAUAAGACAGUCAAGUGUCAUCUCCAUUGUAUUCGGUUGCCUACAUCCUUAACCCAGCAUGUUUAUUCGCUUCCCCCGAUCCGGUAGAAGCACCAACUCUACAUAUGGUUGUUUUAUUAACGUGUUGGAAAGAAUGAUUACAGAUAGAGAAGAACAUGACAAGAUCCCAGCUCUACUGGACUUCUAUACAAAGAGUGGGGGCAUAUUCUUGAGGGAGAUCAUCGUUAGGCAUCGAAUAAUGAAAUUGCCUACUGACCGUUGGGCUGCUUACAGAGUUGACCCAAAUAGAAAGGAUUCAGUUCUAAAGAAGCUGACAUUGAGAAUUCUUGGACUCACGUGUUCUGCUAGUGGUUGCAAGCACAACCGGAGCACGUUCGAGGUGAUUCACACCAAGAAAAGAAAUCGCCUUGAACAAAAGAAGCUCAACGACUUGGUCAUUGUCCAAUACAAUCAGAAAUUGCAAGAACGAUUCCAAGGUAGGAAAGAAAAGUCUAGCUUCUUUGACCAUAUUUGCUUAGAUGAGUUGGAUAUAGAUAAUGAGUGACACGUAGAGACGGAGGAGCCGGUCUUUGCUGGU